CUGGGCACCAGAAUUGGCUGAAAGCUUCUGGGCAUCCUCGGGGGAGCAGGAAGGCCAAAUAUCCAGAUCGCCCUCUGCUUCUGAACAGAGAAAUCAGCCACGAAAAUGAUGUCUCUGAGAGUUCUCUCACUGCUUUUUGCUUCUCUGAGCUUUGUUUUGAUGGAAGAGAACGUUUCAGGCCUCAGCAUAAGGACUCCCGGCUCCAGACCAAUGCACAGACGCUACUCGGAGGCCACGCUGGCGAGUGAUUACAGCCGCACGAUGGACAACAUGCUGAAAAAGAACUUCGUGGAGUGGCUGCUGGCCCGGAGAGAGAAGAAAAGCGACAACGUCAUUGAGCCGAGCAAGAGAGAAGCCGAGCCCCAGCUAUCCGCGGUGAGCGACCAAAGCUUGGACCUGCGCAGCCACGAAGCCAAGGACUUCCUUGCCUGGCUCCUAAAAGCCAAGGAGAAUCAGAGUUCUGCUUCUCUGGAAGGUUCAGAAGAUUUGAAGGAUGUUGUGAACCAGGAGUUUCUGACAUGGUUAAUGUCAAGUGACCUCUGCAGACCAUGGUGAGCAGCUGUUCUACCUAACU